UACCUGUAGUUCCGUUUCCGUCGUUCAAUUAACUUUUGUUGUGCUUUUGUGCUUGCUGGUUAACGUAGUUGUGGUGUUGUGGUAGUUGCGCGUGAAUGCGAGAGAAAUCAAAAGACAUUUAUAUACGCUGCUAUGUUGCAUGCUUGUACAAGUACUUAAAGCUUGACUUGAAAUGGACGCCAGAAUACCGCUGCCCGUGGAACCAUUGCCCCACGAGACAGACGACAAACGAAUAUGGGUCGGGAAUCUUGACAGCCGCCUGACUGAAUUCCAGCUCAUUAAGGUACUGAAGAAGUAUGGCAACGUUAAGAAAUUUGACUUCCUUUUCCACAAGGCCGGUCCUCUGAAAGGCCACCCCAGAGGCUACUGCUUUGUCACCUAUGAAACCAAAGAACAGGCUGAACAUGCACUGAGCUGCUUGCAUGGAAAACUGGUUUUCUCAAAGACACUUGUGGCAAAGUGGGCAAAUAAUCUCCCAAGUGUUGACCUAGCAAAACGAAGGCAAGGCUUAGGUCUUGGAGUUGCAAAGAAAGAACAAAAGCCUACUCUCAAUGUAAACAGCCAAAUUCAUGCAAUUGAAGCCAAGCUGCGAGCCAUGGAGAGGGACAAAGAGAGAGACCUAGGUCAGUGCUUGCUCGCUGCACCCCCUGCCUCAUCACAGCUUGCAGCAGUGAAGCAGCCUGUGAACCAGCACCAAACAAGACCACACAGGCAUCUCCAGAAGAUGUCAAGAUGACAUUAUACCACUGUGCUACAUGUAUAGUACAGUAGAACUGAAACAUGAAACUUGUCUCCUCACCC